AUGGCGAUUCCCGAACUUCCCCAUGACAUCUGGAUCGACAUAUUCUCACGUCUCCCAUUGAAAUCCGUGGGCAAAUGCAGGUGCUUAUCAAAACCAUGGCGCACUUUUCUUUCCAGCCGGGAGUUCAUCAAAUCCCACCUCACUAUCAAAACCCUAAACCAACAAAACCUCCUCCUCGUCACCCUAUCCAACUCAAUCCAAACCAUCGCCAACGUAAAAAACGACACCGUUUCGAGAAAGCUCGGCCGAAUACAUGGUUAUACAUUGAAAGUUGUGGGUUCUUGCGACGGCUUGGUUUUGUUGGUAAAUGAGAAAAAUGACAAGUUUUUGGUGAACCCCACUACUUUGCACGUGGCAAAAUUACCGAAUUCGCCUCUAGCUUUGAAGAGUAAACAUAGCUCUACCAUGCAUGGAUUCGGGUAUGAUAGUUAUAUCGAUGAUUAUAAGGUUGUCGCGCUUUCUUACUAUGAUAGUGACACUGAGUACGAGCCCGAUUGCGUCGAUACGUUUGUAGAUGUGUAUUGCGUGAGAAGGGGUGUUUGGAAAAGGGUUGAGAGUUCUCCUUAUGACCAUUCUGCCCCUGUAACUCCGUCUGGGGCUUAUCUGAACGGAGCUGUUCAUUGGUUGGCCGGUAGUAGAGAAUCAGGUCAUGCGUCUGUAAUCGCUGCUUUCGAUUUGGUUAAUGAGGUGUUUACUAAAAUUCCUGCUCCGAACAAGAGUUUUGAGUACAGUACACUUGAGAUAUUCGGUGGUUGUCUUUGUAUGAUUGUUGAUCGAAUGGAUAUGCGUACGGAUAUUUGGGUUAUGAAAGAGUACGGUUUGGCAGAUUCUUGGAUCAAAUACACUAUUGGUUGUGGUUACGAUUACGAUAUUUUAAACCCUUUAUGUUAUAUUUGGGAUGAGGGAGUUGUGUGGAUGACCUACGACGGAAGAUUGGCUAUCUGCAAUCCGAAAGACGAAACUUUUAAAGACAUGAUAGUUGAUGGAGUUCCGGCCAAGUUUACGGAUGGAUGCGUCUUUGUAGAGAGCCUCGUCUCUCCUUGUUUAUGAUAUGUCUUAUUAAAACAGGUUGAAUGAAUGUAUUGUUUUGGGAUUUAAUGUUAUGCUCAAGAAAUUUAUGGAUUACUAAUAUGGAUAUAUAUACUAUGAUCUUGGUGUAUUGGAUUCUUGUGUUGUAGAUUUUGCGUUCUUGAUUUUCCGCAGUUGGUUUGUAUAUGAAUGGUAAACAUGUGUCGAGUGUAUUUCACCCAGCAUAGCAUAGUAUAAACAUGUUCCAGAAGUAAUCCAUAUGCACUACUUUUUGUAGUUCAACAAGUAAUAUACAAUAUUCGAAUAUGUGUU